AUGGCAGAUCUUGGCUUUUACAAUGACAAGACAUUUCUCCCUGAACAAUGGACAGAGUUCGGCCUCGGCGUUGUCAUAGUAUUCGUGCGCAUGGGUGUGCGGAUCCGGACGGUUGGCGUUCGAGGUUUUCAAGGCGAUGAUUAUUUCGCCUUUCUGUACACCUCUCAUGUAAGAACAUCUCCUCCCAGGCUUGGUGCCGUCGAUGCUAACGUCCAAGAAGACGUGCUAGGCACCAAUCUAGAGAUACCGCACGGUCUACAUGACUCCCUCACACCGACCCAAUAUUCCUCAGUUGUAGCGGGCUCAAAGGCAGAACUCGCUGCCUGGUACUCCUACACAGCCCUGAUUUGGGUCAUGAAAGCCAAAAUGCUAUUCCUAUACAAGCGUUUAACCAUUGGAUUAUGGCAAUCUCGGGCCAUCAAAUGGCUCGCGGCCUUUUGUGGAAUUGCCUACCUUGCGGUCUUCCUAACCGUGACGUUUGGAUGUCAUCCCAUAUCGAAUAACUGGAGAGUAUAUCCUCCGCCGUCUAAACAGUGUGGACUCAAAAUCCAAAACGUUAUAGUAACAUGUAUCUUGAACGUCACCACCGACUUAGCCCUGCUUUUCAUUCCAGUCCCAUUACUCUGGAAAGUCAAAACAUCGUUCUCUAGAAAACUCGUCAUCGCCAUAUUCCUCAGCUCCGGCAUCUUCGUCAUCGCCGCGUCGAUUAUUCGAACCACCCUCACAUUGGAAGCAGAACCGUCCAGCAUCACCGUCAACCGAUGGGGCAUCCGCGAGACCUUUGUCGGCGUCGCCACAGUUAACCUUCCCAUCCUGCGCCCGCUGUUUACCAAGAGAUUCUGGAAGUCAGGCUACGUGGAGGAUGGCUCCAGCGGUCAUCCCUACGGAUAUCAAGGCGGGUCGGAAUCGUAUAACAUGACGACACAGACCAGGAAGAGCGCCCGGCGGGAGAGCAUGAAAGCGAUUAAUGAGUCAAGCGAGGAUGGAAAUUACGACGUCUAUGUCAGUACCAGUUAUAACGUGAAGGUCGAACAAAAGGAUACGCGUGAAGGCGGAUCAUCCGACGGCCUUCACACCAGUGGUAGUGUUUGGGAGAUUGAUAAAAAGUCGAUUGUCUAA